AUGAGGAUCGUCGAGGUUAUUAUUGACGGCUUCAAAUCGUACGCUGUGCGGACAGUGAUUUCGGGAUGGGACGAGUCUUUUAACUCCAUUACCGGUCUGAACGGGAGUGGAAAGUCGAAUAUCCUGGACUCGAUAUGUUUUGUGCUGGGAAUUACGAACAUGACGACGGUCCGCGCCCAGAACCUGCAGGAUCUCAUUUACAAGCGCGGACAGGCUGGAGUCACGAAAGCCAGCGUGACGAUCGUCUUCGACAACCGCGACAAGAAGAAGUCGCCCAUCGGGUUCGAGGAAUAUGCGCAGAUCAGCGUCACCCGGCAGAUCGUGCUGGGAGGCACCAGCAAGUACCUCAUCAACGGGCACCGCGCGCAGCAGCAGACGGUGCAGAACCUCUUCCAGUCCGUGCAGCUGAACAUCAACAACCCCAAUUUCCUGAUCAUGCAGGGCCGCAUCACCAAGGUGCUGAAUAUGAAGGCCGUCGAGAUCCUGGCCAUGAUCGAGGAGGCGGCGGGGACGCGCAUGUUUGAGGAUCGGAGGGACAAGGCAUUCAAGACGAUGGCGAAGAAGGAGAUGAAGGUUACGGAGAUCACGGAGCUGCUCAAGGAUGAGAUUGAGCCCAAGCUGGAGAAGUUGCGGACAGAGAAGCGGGCCUUUCUGGAUUUCCAGCAGACGCAGAAUGAUCUCGAAAGGCUGACGAGGGUGGUGGUGGCGCAUGACUACGUGAAGAACCAGGAGAGGCUGAAGCAAUCUGCAGGGGAUCUGGAGCUCAAGAAGCAGAGGCUGAAGGAUCUGGAGGAUAACGCUGUGAGGUUGAAAAAUGAGAUUGAGUAUCUUGCCGAGGACGUGAAGAAGGUCAAGGCCCAGAGGGAAAAGGAGCUGAAGAAGGGAGGAAAGGCACAGGCGCUCGAGGCGGAGGUUAAGCAGCACUCGAAUGAGAUGGUGCGGUUGGCCACUGUGACAGAUUUGAAGAGGUCGAGUUUGGCCGAGGAGAAGGAAAGAAAGUCGACCAUUCAGAAGACUGUAUCUGAGCUGGAGUCUUCGUUAAAACAGAAGACGACGGUCUACGAGAAGCUCCAGGCUCGGUAUGAUAAGGCGAAAGAGGAGCUGGAAAAGCAGAGCCAGGAGGCGGAGACGAAGGAGGAGCUGCUCCAGACCCUUCAGACUGGUGUUGCAUCCAAAGAGGGGCAGGAAAGUGGAUACCAAGGCCAACUACAAGAUGCGCGGAAUCGCGCAAGUGCUGCAUCGACUGAGCAGGAACAAGCUAAAUUGAAGACGACACAUCUGGAGAAGCGUAUCAAGGAGGAGGAACCGAGGGCGAAGAAGGCCAAGGAGCAGAAUGCUGGCUUACUCAACGACCUCGAGGGAUUACGGUCACAAGCUCAGAAACUCGAGAAGGAGCUGGGCAAGCUCGGUUUCGAGCCUGGACAAGAGGAUGACAUGUACAAGCAGCAAUCGACUCUUCAGCAGACCAUCCGGGCAUUACGCGAGCAAUCGGAUGGCCUGAAGCGAAAGGUUGCCAACAUCGAUUUCAACUACGCUGAUCCUACACCCAAAUUCGACCGGUCAAAGGUCAAGGGCUUAGUUGCGUCUCUCUUUACUCUCGACAAAGAGCGGACAGACGCUGGGACUGCGCUUGAGAUUUGUGCUGGUGGUCGCCUGUACAAUGUCGUUGUCGAUACUGAAGUCACUGGUACACAAUUGCUUCAGAACGGCAAGCUCAGGAAGCGAGUGACGAUUAUUCCUCUGAACAAGAUCGCUGCGUUCCGAGCCUCGGCCGAGAAGAUUGGAGCUGCACAGAAAAUUGCCCCGGGAAAGGUCGACCUCGCACUGUCACUUAUCGGCUACGACCAAGAGGUCUCCACGGCAAUGGACUACGUGUUUGGCAACACCCUGAUCUGUGCCGAUGCAGCUACGGCCAAGAGAGUGACUUUCGAUCCGGCUGUUCGGAUGAAGAGCAUCACUCUAGAAGGAGAUUCGUACGACCCAUCUGGAACCCUGUCCGGUGGUAGCUCACCUAACUCCAGUGGCGUCCUGGUAACGCUCCAGAAACUCAACGAGCUGACUAAAGAGUUGGGCAUGCAAGAGAGGACCCUGGCAGAACUCCAGGCUACCAUGGCCCGGGAAAAGAAGAAGCUGGAUCAGGCCAAGAAGAUCAAGCAAGAGCUUGAUCUCAAAUCUCACGAGAUCAAACUUACCGAGGAGCAAAUUAGCGGCAACUCGUCUUCUUCCAUCAUCCAGGAAGUUGAGAACAUGAAAGCCUCCAUUAUUCAGCUGAAGACGGAUCUUGUGGAAGCCCAGAAGCGUCAGGACGAGGCGAACAAGGAUAUCAAGCGCAUCGAGAAGGACAUGAAGGAUUUUGACAACAACAAGGACGCGAAGCUUGUCGAGCUGCAGAGCUCUCUGGAUGCGCUUCGGAAAGCCUUGACCAAGAACUCGGCGUCGGUCAAAGUCUUGCAGAAGGAACUUCAAGGUGCGAGGCUGGACUCGGAGCAGGCCGGUGGUGAUCUCGCCGCUGCCCAGGAGCAGCUUCAGGAGGUCGAGGUCACUCUGAAUGGGUAUGGUGAAGAGAUUGCUGCGCUCGUGGCCGAAGAAGCUCAAGUGAAGGAUACUCACGAUAUCGCUCAAGCGCAUCUUGACGAUGAACGAGCAAAGCUUACUGGCUUCGACGACGAACUCCGCUCCUUAGAAGAGGCUUCAAGAUCUAAAGCAUCUCGCAUUACAGAAGAAGGUCUCGAGAAGCAGAAAUUGGGUCACCAGAUCGAAAAGUUCCACAGGGAGCAGCAAACUUCGGUUCAGACCGUCGCCCACAUGGAGAAGGAGCACGAAUGGAUAGCUGAUGAGAAGGACAACUUUGGCCGCACCGGCACACCCUACGACUUCAAAGGCCAAAACAUCGCCGAGUGCAAAGCCACCCUACGAACCCUGACCGAGCGCUUCCAGGGCAUGAAGAAGAAGAUUAACCCCAAAGUCAUGAACAUGAUCGACUCGGUGGAAAAGAAAGAGGUCGCGCUCAAGAACAUGAUGAAGACGGUCAUCCGUGACAAGAAGAAGAUUGAGGAGACCAUCGUGACGCUGGACGAAUACAAGAAGAAGGCCCUGCACAAGACGUGGACGAAGGUCAAUGGGGACUUUGGGCAGAUUUUUGCGGAGCUGCUGCCAGGCUCUUUUGCCAAACUCGAUCCGCCGGAGGGCAAAACGAUUAAUGAAGGCUUGGAGGUCAAAGUGUCGCUUGGAAAGGUGUGGAAACAAAGCCUCACGGAGCUCUCGGGCGGUCAGCGGUCCCUCAUUGCCAUCUCGCUCAUCAUGGCGCUGCUGCAGUUUAAGCCGGCGCCGAUGUACAUCUUGGACGAGGUGGACGCGGCGCUGGAUCUGUCGCAUACGCAGAACAUUGGGCGGCUGAUCAAGAACCGGUUCAAGGGGAGCCAGUUCAUCGUGGUCAGCCUGAAGGAUGGGAUGUUUCAGAAUGCGAACCGCAUCUUUCGGACGCGGUUCUCCGAGGGGACAAGUGUGGUGCAGGCGUUGACGGCAGCGGAUUUCGACAAGUAG